CACCACCACCACCACCACCACCUCCUCCUCCUCCUUUAAAUUUUAAUUCUAAUCCGCGCAUACAAUGUCCGCAUUCAAAGCAAGUCGGCCUGCAGGCACUGUCGAGGUCGGCGGUCCCAAAGUCGACGGUGAAACCCGCGUCCGCCGCCUCGCUAAGUCGGCUGACCGACUCGUGACGCAGCCUUUCGAGGGCAUGGACACCGUUCACGACAUCGUCGCGUACGCUGCGCGCGUACACGGUACACGAGAUGCCUUCGGUUACCGGGACGUGAUCGAUAUCGUCGAAGAGGAAAAGGAGAUUAAGAAGGUCGUUGGAGGCAAGGAGGUCACCGAGGUCAAGAAAUGGAAGUACUUCCACCUCAGUGACUUUAAGUUCAUGUCGUACCUGGACGUUCAGGAGGCCGUUUCAGAGGUUGGGAGAGGAUUCAUUGAACUGGGAAUUACGACAGAAGAUAUCGUGAACGUGUACUCUGCGACAAGCGCCAACUGGCAGCUUAUCUCGCUUGCGUGUUGUUCAAUUAGCACCCCUAUCGCAACUGCCUACGACAGCUUGGGGGAGAGUGGUCUGCAGCAUUCUCUGAACGAGCCCGGCUGUGUCGCCAUCUUCACCAACGCCGACCUUCUUUCCGUCGUCUCCAAGGUCGCUGCCAAUGUGCCGACAUUGCGUCUCGUGGUCUACGACGGUGAGGCGGACAACGCUGUACUGGACAAGAUCCGCGGCGCACGCGAGAGUAUACAAGUGCUCUCCAUCGAUGAGGUUCGCAUGAUUGGCCGAGAGAAGUCGAAGGAUAUCCUCAAGGCUCGCGUGCCCAAACCCGAGACCGUUGCCUGUAUCAUGUAUACUUCCGGCACGACUGGUGCACCGAAGGGUGUCGUUAUUACCCACGCCAACCUCAUAGCCUCCAUUGGUGCCAUUUAUGUCCUUCUUGGCCAUCACCUGAAACCCGCCGAUGCCUACCUCGCAUACCUUCCGCUAGCGCACAUCCUCGAAUACGUAGUCGAGCUCGCACUUUUCUUUGUUGGCAUGCCGUUUGGUUACGGGCGAGUCAAGACUCUUACUGACCAGAGCGUGCGUAAAUGCCUUGGUGACAUCCGUGCCUUCCGCCCGACUAUCAUGGUCGGCGUUCCCGCUGUCUGGGAGAUGAUUCGCAAGGGCAUCGUUGGCAAGCUCAACCAGUCCGGCAACUUGAGGAAAUCCAUCUUCAACGGCGCCAUCGCCAUGAAGAAGUCUGGUAUCCCCGGUGUCAGCACCAUCAUCGAUUCGACUGUCCUCUCUGCAGUGAAGGCUGCCACCGGUGGUCGCCUACGUCUUGCCCUGAGUGGCGGUGCCGCACUCAGUCGCGAGACUCAAGAGUUCCUCCACCUGUCGCUCGUCACGAUGCUUCAGGGCUAUGGCAUGACCGAGUCCUGCGGCAUGUGCGCAAUCCUCCCGCCCGAAUAUUUCAAUUACGGCACCGUCGGUCUCAUCAUGCCUUCGGUCGAGGUCAAGCUCAAGGACGUUCCGGAUGCAGGCUAUCUGUCGACGAACAACCCACCACAAGGCGAGGUCCUCAUCCGCGGUCCGUCUGUCAUUAAGGGUUACUACAAGCGUGACGACCUGAACAACGACGAGAACAUCUUCACGAAGGACGGCUGGAUGCGCACGGGCGACGUCGGCCAAUUUAACGCGGACGGCACGCUCACGCUCAUCGACCGGAUCAAGAACCUCAUCAAGCUCCAGGGCGGCGAAUACAUCGCGCUCGAGCGCCUCGAGUCGAUCUACAAGGCGUGCAACCUCGUCUCGAACGUCUGCGUAUACGGGUCGCCGGAGGCGAAGCAGCCGAUUGCGAUCAUCAUCCCGCACGAGGCGAACCUCCGGCACGCCCUCGAAGAGAACCCGAUACAGGGCGCCGUCGCACAUGGGGACCUGCACGAGCUCUGUGCGAACAAGAAGGUCGAGGAGUUCGUCAUGAAGGAAUGUAAUACGCUCGGGAAGAAGAAUGGCUUCAAGCCGAUGGAGCUCCUCGAGGCCGUCAUCCUCACCGCGGACGAGUGGACACCCGAGAGUGGCCUCGUCACCGCAGCGCAGAAGGUUCAGCGCAAGAAGGUCGCAGAGAAGUUCGAUGCCCAGAUCAAGGAGAUCUACAGGCAACAGUAGAGAGGUACUACUGCCGCUUUCGGUUGCAUCUACUCUUAGAUGACUCUGGAUAUGUCUCUUCAUCUUUUUCAGGCUUAUGCCUCUGUAAUAGUAUGCUUCUUGCAUCCACAUUCUCACUGUAAAUGGACUGCCCAUAUUUCUUUGUACCAUAGCCAAGAUUUCUUCAUAUCCCUGCCUUGGUCUGCUCCUUGUAAUCAUGUACACAUGUAUGACAGUUAUUAGUGAUGGCGUGCGUUACAUCCAGAGGCGAUGAGGGGAGCAGGAAGUUUCAUAUCGUAGCGGAUGCGUAACCGAAGGUCGAGCCUUCAAGACCGCGUGCGACGAGCGUGAACUGCUGCGCGGCGUCCCGAAUACGCUUGUUCGCCCUCGAGCUCCCAAAGAUCGUCUUGACAAACUUCUCUUUUGCCUCGUUCGUAGCCCGCGACGGCGCAAAGUCCGGCGCAUAGAGCACGUCCUCCAUCCACACUUUGCUUGGUAAUGGGUAGCGCUGCACGAGCGUCGAGAGCACCUCAACGAGGUUCGGCGACGCCGAGCGCGGUGCGACGCCCGCGAAGCCGUUCAGGACAGCACGCAUGAUGCUACGCCCGUGUGCUUGCCCCAGCGCGUCUUUCGCAUCGCCGAGGUCUUCUGCAACGGCCGUGCGGCUGAUGAGCGAUGCAAGGAACUGGCAUGCCAAGACGAGAGAGUAGCGCUCUUGUAGCGCGAGUGAGCUGACGGCGCACUGUAUCAGAGCGUGGAACAAGUCCGGCGGCAGCUGGUAGAAGACGGGGAUAAAGUGCUGGGCGACCAUCUCGAGGAAGUUGAAGAAGGCUUGCACGAUGUCUGGGUUAUCCACCAUGGCUCCUGGCUGGCUGAAAAACCCGAGACAAGUCGGGAGCAGCGACGACAAAACGCUCAGUACCGUCUGCCGCGCAUUCCCAUCCGGAAAGGAUUUGAGCGUAGAGAGCACGAGUGACGGCGGGUUGAGCUGGACGGCGAGCAUAUUCGCGAGGGACAGCCACACAGCCGUAAGCUGCUUUUGUGCCGCUAUGCAGAGCAGCUCCAGAAGCGGACCAGGGGGCAGCGAGAGCAACGUUACGUCGGUCGGUAACGAUGUGAUGGCCUUAUAUAGCUCGCUUAACCCAUUGCCGAUGCUAGCGUCUGUCGACCACAGCUCGACGCUCUUCCGUAUGCAGUCCAAAAUCGCGUCCCGUAUGCGAACGACACGAGGGUCCGCCCGUGCGCGUUUCAUUCGCUCGGAUUCCUUCUGCACGUCUGGAGAGUCGUCGAAAAUGAGGAGAGAGUCGUUCGUGCGCGUCAGCCCGCGGGCGACGCCGGCUAUGGUCUGCAGCUGCUGAACGGCUACCGCGCGAGCUUCAUCGGGGAGGUAAGUAGAAGACUGAAGUGCUUCAUACAGCUUGGCGAUUACGGGCCCAAUGAUAGCCUCUAUUGGUGAUAUCUCCUCGUCCGCGGGUAGCGCCUGUAUAACACUCGCUAUCGACUGUAACACUUUGCUCUUCUCGACAUCCGGCAUCCCAGCGAGAUUCGCAUGCAGCGCGCUAAAGGCCGAGAUGUGCGGCGCAAGCGCAGCACGAUUUGCAUCGCAGAGGUCGCGCAGGGUAUUAGCUGCGGGCAGACAGAGGGCCAGCUCUGGCAAGGCAGCAACUACAUAUGAUAUUGCGUUCAUGAGAAGUGAAGGGUACGGAGAUCCUGGUGGAGACGUAGGCUGCGUGGUGAACCAUGAUGCGUACGUUCCUAUUACAACUAUUGCUGUGCGCCGAAUGCGAUCUGCGCCUGUGGUGGGAAGGCGACCUAGAAUUUCUGGUCCGAAUAGCCGUCGGAGAUAUGGGUUGUCCUCGAGGGGUACACCUUCCUGUACCGCCAUUAAACAGUGUAGGCUGGCUUCUAUUACCUCCCAACUGUGUGUAUUCUGUCUUGUGGACAGUCUAUCUAGGAUAUCGUUGACAAAGUACGCUAGGAGAUCGUCACGGAGGAUGUAAUAGGCAUUCAACAGCGUGUCACCGACGUCACGACGAUAUGACUGGUACCUGUCUUUCUGAUCUCUCGGCCAAUUCUGCAAUACACUGUUCUCCGGCCAAGUAACCUUCCGCCGCAACACCUUGACAAGCUCAGAGUACAAGGCUUUCGCCACGCUCAUCUGUUCUCCUUCGCGCUUGUUCGCAGGAGGAAUGGAAGAAUCCGAGUCGUAUUCUAGGUCGCCGCCCCAGAGCGCUUCUUGGAAGAGAUACCAGAACCCAAGCGUCAUCUCGCUCUCUUCCUCGUCCGCACCAUAAUAGCCAGGGAGCGCAGUGUAUGCCAGCAUCUGCCGGAGGAAUACUUGCACGAGAUGACCUUUCGUUGGUAGAGGAGAAGGCACUGGUGCCACCAAGACAGGAGCGGCGACAGAAGAGGAGGAAAGGUUGGUGGCGAGAUAUUGCGUCGAGUGGUCACCAACCGCCGUCAGCAGCUUGCAAUACGAAUGUGAGACGGCGUCAGCAAAGCCCUCUCUCAGAGUAUUUUCGAUUAUUGCGCCACCGUAACGAUCAAACCAGAGCAGGAGCGGCUCCGUCAGUGUCCUCGAUCCCGACCCCCCAGACAAUGCUGAGUUCGACAUAAUCUCUUGUAGUGAGUCCGACGCAGCCUCAAAUUCUGCUUCGUCGAACUCAUUUGAAUCUUUCGAUGGAGUCAAGACGUCGAUGAGUUGGGGGAUUAGUGGCGUCAGCUCGUUGGAACGCAUGAAAGGCAGCCAUGCCUGGAAGCAGUUCAAUGCUGCACGGAGCUCGUGAGGUGCAGGGUGCGGGCGCGGUCUCGUGAUUGAAUUGCUCACAGCCUGUGUGACCACAGGAACAGCCUCUAUUACCAUACCCUGGAGCUGCUGUUUCUGCUGAGGCAACAGAGCCACGACCUCAGCCUCUUCUGCAGUUAUGGCCAGAAAGUCCAGCAGCGCCUCCCCCGACGCUCCUCGGCUCGAGAGGGCUUGGAUACAGGAUUGUGGCCAGUCAGGCCAUUGCGAAGGGGUUUUCGGACACAUGUGAAUCGCGAGAGAGGUGAUUGCGACAUAGAGCUUGCGAAGGAUGACUCUUGGGGCACUCGCAGCCAUGUAGCGGCCGGUGAUGUCGACCAGGAACUCGCGCAGCUGUGGCGCGCUUUCUUCUGGGAAUGUAGACCAGUCUCGUGCAAUCUUGACUUGUAAAGUGUGCGCUCCAAAGAAUUGUACAUUGUGGUCUGAAUGACUGAGGAAGGGUAGCACCAGGCCCCAUGCUUCUGGUCGUUUUUGUACGUCGAAAAGCUCCUGCUGCAGGUGGCGUUGGUCUUCUGAGGAGAGUUGGGAAUGUGGCGAGUACGCUUGUAGUAUUAGCU